CUUGAGAACAUGACUUGAUGAGCAAUCUUCUUCACACUAAAAUCCAAACGUACCUAAAAUGAAAUAAAAACUUUUCCAAACACUUUCAUUCAGUUGUAUGAAUGAAACCAGCAUUUCUCAUGCUGAUAAAACCCAAAUCCACAUUUUCAUACGCGCUGAAUAUUCAUCCAGCCAGAUCUAGGUGAUCCUCCCCUGCGCGCUCUGCGCGCUGCGUUCUCGCUACUCCUACUCCCGAAGCCCAGCCCCCCUUGAUCCCCUUCGUCCAUUGGUGUCUUCAGGGUGUCUCUUCUUUCCUCCCGUCCAUAGGUAGUCCAUAAUGAGUGUCCAUUGGCUUUUAUUAAGGCUUGCCCCCCUCCCACUGGCCUGCUUCGCCCUGCCCAUGUUUUCUGUGUCUCGGUCCGUCCAGCGCCUGACGUUCAAGUUCGAAGGAACGUCACGUCCGCAGUUGAACUUGCAGCUAAGGGGGCUUCACCGUCCCCCAUCACUCUCUCUUUGCGCAGAAGUCAUGAAGAGCGCCGCACAGCCCGUCGCGCGUUACGCAUCACGCUCUGUAUGAUCUCGCCUUCAUUUCCUCCUGUCUGGAUGACAGACGCGUGAAUGAAGAUAUUCCAUUUGGAGUCUACCUUUUAGGAACGGAUUUCCCGAUGUGAACCCAGCUGAGGAGCCGCCACUAACCGACCAUGUCUCGCCGCAAGCAGGGCAAACCCCAGCACUUGAGCAAACGGGAGUUUUCGCCUGAGCCGCUCUCAGGUGUUCUAGCAGAAGGAGACUCUCAGGACUCCCCCAGGCUGGGCUUGGCUCAGGGCGACCUCCUGAAAGGGGACCAGGACCUGCUCACCUGCGGCCAGUGCCACACCCGCUUCCCCCUGGCCGACAUCCUGCUGUUCAUCGAACACAAACGGAGACAGUGCCACGGCACCCUCUGCGGGGACAAACCUCUGGACAGGCCGCCAUCCUCCCCGCUCGCCUCACCCCUCUCCACAUCCUCAUCGCACUCUCGAACCCAGCACCCGCGGAGGGCGCGCCACCCCGUGGAGGUGGCGGUCCAGAUAUCGCUGCUGGAUGAGGAUUGUUUAUCUGCACCUUUGCAAGGAAUAAUCCCCAAGCAGGAGAACGCUACAGAUAAAGAUGAGCCCAGCAGCUACACCUGCACAACGUGCAAACAGCCCUUCACCAGUGCCUGGUUCCUGCUUCAGCACGCCCAGAACACCCACGGUUUCCGCAUCUAUCUGGAGAGUGAACCUGGCAGCCCCCUCACCCCUCGUGUGGCUGCGGCUCCUGGGAUGGGGGGCGAUUGCGCCUCCUCCCAGCCUCCCCUCCACGCUGUGCACUUGGCCGACGGCAGCCCUUACAGCCUUCUGAAGAUGCCGGGUUCUGGGUCUGUUCGGGAUUCGGCGUCUACACCUCGCGAGGGUCGAUAUCCCAGGACACCCCCGCUGUUCAGCCCACCACCACGUCACCACCUUAGCCCCGAUGACCUUGCCUUGGCAACCCACCAUCCUAGCGCCUUUGACAGGGUGAUGAGGCUGAACUCGGUGCCAUUAGAAUCCCCUCAGAGCAUGGACUUCUCUAGACGCCUACGGGAGCUAGCCGGCAAUGCCACUGGAGGUUCUCCGCCUCUGUCCCCUAACAGACCCAACCCUAUGCAACGGCUGCUGCAGCCAUUUCAGCCAGGUUCCAAACCUCCAUUUACAGCCACACCUCCCAUGUCCACCUCCCAGUCCCCUUCUGGAUCCCGCUCUACCCCUAAUCCUGUAUCCAAUGCAGUCCAACCAGGCACCCCCGUCAAGUCAAAGUCUUGCGAGUUCUGCGGGAAGACCUUCAAGUUCCAGAGCAACCUUAUCGUGCACCGGCGAAGCCACACAGGGGAAAAGCCUUUCAAGUGUCACCUCUGUAAUCAUGCCUGCACACAGGCCAGCAAACUAAAGCGCCACAUGAAGACGCACUAUCAAAACAAGUCUUCGGCGCUAAAUGCCAAGUCAGACGACGGCCUCUCCACCGCCAGUUCUCCUGAACCUGGCACCAGUGAGGUGGUGGGCAGUGCCGCGGAUGCCCUCAAGUCAGUGGUGGCCAAGUUCAAGAGCGAGAACAAUGGUCUCAUGACUGGAAAUGAAGAGGAGGAAGAUGAGAAUGAGGAAGAAGAAGAGGAGGAGGAAGAUGAAGAUGAGGAGGAAGAAGAAGAGGAAGGGGAGGAAGAGGAAAUGGAUAGUAAGCCUGAUGUAGAAGAAGAUGGGAGGAAUGACUACCGUUUCAGCCUGCGGUUAGAGGGGGCCCGUCACCACCAGAACACUGAAGCUCUACACCCACAUCGCCGAAGCUCGUCCCGGGAGCCCGUUGAUGACGACUCAGCCGUGGAGUUGGAUCGUGGAGACGAUGGCUCCACCACCACCCUCAACGGCCUGGGACCGUUAAAUAAUGACAAGCUCUCCAGGAAGCUUUUGGGUGGUGGGAUGAGUCCUGACUCCAUCAGCUCACUGUCAAAGCGCAUCAAGGUGGAAAAGGACCUUGACCCCCCAACGCCCACCAUCCCAAACACAGAGAACGUCUAUUCUCAGUGGCUAGCUGGCUACGCGGCUUCUCGGCAACUCAAGGAUCCCUUCAUCAGCUUCACAGGUGGGGACUCUAGACAAUCACCCUUUACAUCCUCAUCCGAGCACUCAGAAAACGGCAGCUUGCGCUUCUCCACUCCGCCUGGUGAGCUGGACGGUGAGCGAGCCGCCUCAGGACGCAGCGGCACCGGCAGCGGGGCCAGCACUCCCCACGGCGGCAGUGGGAAUGGCAGGCCGAGCUCCAAGGACGGCCGCCGCAGCGACACCUGUGAAUUUUGUGGCAAGGUGUUUAAAAACUGCAGCAACUUGACAGUGCACCGCCGCAGCCACACUGGAGAGCGGCCGUACAAAUGCGAGCUGUGCAGCUACGCGUGCGCCCAGAGCUCAAAACUCACCCGCCACAUGAAGACCCACGGACAGAUGGGCAAGGACGUGUAUAAAUGUGAAAUUUGCCACAUGCCUUUCAGUGUGUACAGCACUCUUGAGAAACACAUGAAGAAAUGGCACAGUGACCGCCCUCUGGCUAAUGACAUUAAAACUGAAUAGACAAAGAGCAGUUCUCCUUCAGCUCCCCCGGCUAGAAAGCAACCCUGCCUAACUAGCCAACAAGCAUGUGGGGGAGAGACCACAGGGUCAGACACCAGAACACAGUGCAGCCCUGCUUUCUUCCUCUUCUGGAGAAAGCUAGAUGCAUGAUCCACGAUCGGGGCAAUACUGAUGCAUCACAACUUUUUGAGCCUUUCUAUUGUGCAAUAAUUUACACAUUUUUGUAUUUUUUGUAACUGGACAGCAUGCUUGGUGUGUUUUGGCUACUUAGAGAGAGCAGCUUGUCCGUGGCUGGUGUGGGUUUGGUUGUACAUGUGUUGCUGUUGAUACUUUAGGUUUUUUUGACAUAAACAAAAAAAAAAAGAUUAGUCUAACCCAAGCUGCGUACGGUACACACAGUUUUACAUAUCAUGUGCAGUUUUGUGUUCAAACAUAGCAGACGGUGUCAUAUUUUCAAAACAUCAAGACAAGCAGGGUUAAACAUAAAUCCGAUCCGGGGUUUUCCCCCAGAAAUUGAGUUAAGCCUGGCGGAGGGGGUGGGGGGUCGCGCGCUCUGUCCCGCAGCGCUCCUCCGUGAGGGUGGGGGUGGGUGCACACGUUCCGCUGCUGUUUCUCACCAGUAUCAGCUGAUGGAGGGCUCUAGUUUCGUUGCGCCGUUCGUGUCAGCGGACACAGUAGGGUCGGGGGAGGGGUGGGGUGGGGCAUGAGGCUUAGCCUGGCGGGUGGCCAAGCAAAGCCUGGCGGGCCGCCAGGCUUAUAAAGUGCUGGGGGGAACCCUGCGAUCUUUGUGAAAGAAUUACAAUGCAACACGGAGAAGAGAUUUAUCUAUCUAAAUGUACAUAGAAAAUCGGCUGCCUAUUGAAUUUUAGGUACUGGCGCCAUUACGUGUUUCUUUUACGAACAUCAAUGAAAUUAAUAAUGUGGUUUGAAAUGACAACAAAGAGUGCCUUGGAUACUUUACUUGCAUUAGUUAAUCCUCCUUUUUGCUAUAAGCUUGGAGUUUCAGCUCUAAAGGGUUACAGGACAUUGUUGUGCACAUGUAGAAGAGGCAGGUCCUUGCAUCAAGCACCUGCUCGACCCUGUUGUUCCUCAGCUCGGUAGGACACAGGGAACCAGCUGAAACCAACCCAAACAGAAAAAGGAUUUGGUGGAUCUCUGGUAAAUCAUUUAUCUGCCUGACUCGUGUGUAUUGAUGUUUUCAUUCUUACAGUUUUGUUUACUGGCAUGCUACAUGCUUUAAAAAAGGGGUUCGGACUUUGGCGUGGAGGUUUGAGUUUUUUGGUAGAAAGGGUACUCCAGUAACCAACAAAAAGCUCCUAAUUUUCCAGAGUGUUUAUUUUCUUUGAAAAUUAAAAGCGCAAAAGUGAUUUUGCAACAGCACAGAAACCUUUUUUCUUUUCUUCUGCGCUAGCCAGGCAGGCAGCAGGUCGCCGUGUUUCCGCUGUAGGAGUUCUGGGUCCUCUCAGCCGCCGCGUCUCCGUGCUAAAUCAGCCUUUCAGGGCUUUGCUAAGACGUCAGUGUGUCGCUUCUGCAGUGAGUGGUGUCACUGAUCAAUGAAAAAGUGAUCCCAUGAACACAAAUAACAUAGAAAAGUUUUAUUUUUCUAAGCACGCCAUCGUUCAGUCUGCUGAGGAUGACGAGAGCGGUUUUCUGUGGUAAAAAGUGACGUUCAGGGACCGUACGUUGUACUGAACAAGACCACAAAGUGGCGUAAAUUACAACGUUGGGAGGGGGGGGGGGGGGGGGGUUCCGCCACAACUCGUGGGAGUUUGAAAACUGAUUUUAAAGCAGCGUCAACACUGCUUAUUCUCUUUUCCCUCAAUUCUGCAUUUUCAGCAACUUUCUCAAUUUCACAGCUGAAGUGACCCAGAAGCUCCGAUAGUGGAAGCGGGCGUAUUCCAGCAGUUGGGUGUUGAGUGGGUUCAGCAGGUGUCUCUGAAAUUACUUAAAGUGAUAACUUUUUUUUUUGGGG